AUGCGCACCAGGCGCUCCGAGUGGCCGUUCAGUGCACUGCCCCCACCCAAGCCCAUCAUGAAGUCAGAGCUCAGAGUGGUGUGGCCCCAGGGGGACGUGCCUGUUGCUCCAUGGAAGACCAAGGCCAGGCUGCGGAAGUGGCUCCAUCUAUCUGCAUGGCUGGAAACACGUGGAAAAUGCGCCUCACCCAGAUGCUCAGGCUGGUCCUCAAGGAAACGGGAGCAAGUGCAGAUCCGUCGGACGGCAGGCCUCAUGGUGAUACAACUUCUCCUGGGGAUUUUUGCCAAUGGCAUCAUUUUGGUGGGGAAUGGCAUUGACGUGGCCAAGGAGAGAAAAAUGGCUCCAUUGGCUCUCCUCCUCUCGUGCCUGGCAGUUUCUAGGAUUUGCCUGCAGCUGUUCCUCUUCUAUAUGAACCUGUUUUUCCUGUCCUUGACACAAGUGUCUAUGUUUGUUGAGAAUUUUGUCAUUGUCCUGUUUACAAACGAAGUGGGACUCUGGUUGGCCACAUGGCUUGGCGUUUUCUACUGCAUCAAGAUCGCCAACUUCCAUCACCCGCUCUUCCUGUGGCUGAAGAUGAGGAUUUCCCGGCUGCUGCCAUGGCUGGUCCUGGGAUCCCUGCUCUGUGCAGCCAUCUCUUCUGGCAUCUGCAGCAUGCAGUCUUGGAUGAGCUUCGAAAAAUUACUUCAGACCUUUCUCUCCAAAAAUGCAACAAAUCCAAUCAAGGAAAUAUCUGCUUUGUCAUCUUUCUUUGUGAUCGGUGGGUUCCCAUUCUUUAUCUUCCUUGUUGCUGCUCUGCUCUUGAUUUUGUCCCUGGGGAGACACACCUGGCAGCUGAGAAGCUCCACAGUGGGCACCAGGUUCCCCCGCAGGAGUGCCCACGUCAGGGCUCUGCUGUCAGUCCUCUCCUUCCUCUUCCUCUACUUCUCCCACUUCGUGGUUGUUCUUCUGCUCUCUUCUCAAGUUUUCCCAGCUGGAAGCCUCAUGUUCAUGUUGUGCCUCUUGAUUUCUGGAGCGUACCCCUCCGGGCACUCUGUCAUCUUGAUUUUAGGAAAUUCAAAACUGAAACAAAAUGCCAAGAGGCUCCUCUUGCCCUGUGAUCGGUUCCAAGAACCCGUGAUCCCAUGA